AUGAUAAUGAUGGAAGUAGAAGGAUCGAGCACUUCGAUGAAUCGUGCUCCUGAUCAAUCAUCCUUCCUACGAUCGAGGCGAUCUAAAGCUCUGUAUCAGUUUAAGCAACAGAAACUCCCAGCUUGUAAGCCAGUCUUAACACCAACAUCGGUCAUAACAGUGUUUUUAUUAAUGGGUUUUGUUUUUAUUCCCAUUGGCCUCAUCACUCUCCGUGCUUCUCGUGAUGCUAUCGAAAUUAUAGACCGGUAUGAUGCUGACUGCAUUCCUGAAGAAUAUAAAGCCAACAAACUGUCAUACAUAACAAAUUCAUCGAUCCCAAAGAAUUGUACACGUUACUUAAAGGUACAAAAGUUUAUGAAAGCUCCCAUUUAUAUCUAUUACCAGCUUGAUAACUACUACCAAAACCACCGGCGAUAUGUAAAGAGUAGAAGUGAUCAGCAACUGUUAUAUGGACUGGAGUAUAGCCACACAAGUGCCUGUGAACCUGAGGAGUCAUCUAAUGGUCUCCCGAUUGUUCCUUGUGGGCUAAUAGCUUGGAGCAUGUUCAAUGAUACAUUUAUGUUUGCUCGUGAAAGUAUGAAAUUGAAGGUGAGCCGGAAUAACAUUUCAUGGAAGAGUGACCGUGAGCACAAGUUUGGAAAGAAUGUGUAUCCUUUCAAUUUCCAGAAUGGAACUUUGAUUGGUGGAGCAAAGUUGGAUCCAAGAAUUCCACUAAGUGAACAGGAGGACUUUAUUGUGUGGAUGCGAGCAGCUGCUCUACUAAGCUUCCGGAAACUAUACGGACGAGUCGAAGAAGACUUGGAACCAGGCAAUGUUGUUGUAGUAAAUUUGAUGAACAAUUACAACACUUAUAGCUUUAGUGGGCAGAAAAAGCUUAUUCUCUCCACAUCAAGUUGGUUAGGAGGAAGAAACGAUUUCCUCGGGAUCACCUAUAUUGUCGUCGGUUCUUCUUCCAUAAUCAUAUCAAUUAUCUUCAUGUUGCUUCAUUUGAAAAAUCCAAGGCCUUAUGGGGACAAUUCUUGGAAUAAGAAAAGCCUUUCGAAUUGA